AGCCAGCAGGCAGUGAACAACCACAAACAAGUCUCCUUCUUGGCCCGUUUGCAUACAUGUGACACCAGCCACAAACACUGUCAGUCAGCCCACCGUCUGGCAACAGCAUCCAAGAUGCACUCAGCAAGGGCAGUGGCAACUUGCGAUUGGGGAUUGGUGGCGUCGUCGCCAGCAACGGCCUCAUCUACGGCAUCCCUCCCUGUGAUGCAACUCCCACCACCCCUGUGCUCAUCAUCAGCCCAUCAACAACAGCAACAGCAGUGACAGCAGCAGUGACAGCGGCAGUGGAUGACACUACCAUCAUCAACAGUCUGCAAGCCGGUUGAGCCAUGUGGGCACUGCAGGCGGUGUGCGUGCUGGCUCACAACAACCCUCCUCUAUGGGUGUGACCACUGAUCGCAGCACGAGCACAACAGACACCACGCUUGGUGAGCUGCUACACGGCGGAUGCAAGUGGAACAGCGGCGUGGCUGUGGACAAUGGCCUUUUCCUGCCACGGCAUUCCAUGCAACUCGCCAUCCAUCCUCAGUCGAUGCAGCUGCAAGUGCGGUGGACUCAACUACCCUGUCCGUUCCAGAAGUGGUAUGGUGUUGUGUGUUGGCCGGCAACGGCUUGCUGUGUGGCACGCCCUGGCUCGUCCAUCACCUCCUCCUCGUCAAUCCACGGUGCUGACACAGUGAAUUCCACCACCGUGACGGCCUCGAUGUGCCCAUGCCACUCUUCUCCAUGGUGACAUUCAUUCAUUCACAUCGGAGCAGUGACGCGUCCCGCCCGCACAAACAGGAAAUACCUCGUCACCUUCAGCAGCACCACCAAGUCUGCUCGUUCUUGAUGCCAUGCGCAACCACCUCCUCAAGCUGCACAACGGCAGGGACAUUGUGUUGGUGUGCGCGUGCCGGUGGUUUGGCGAGGAGCGAAUGGGCCGUGAGGGGGAAGGCUGGAUAUGACCCCUCGUGCAAGCAGGCAGAGAAAGAGUUCAACAAGUACACGUACACGGAUCUGGCGCUGGAGACCAAGUUUGGGCUCAUCAUCAUGGCUGCGGGCGCCAUCCCCGUCAUUGUCGUCGAUCACUACGUGCUGCCCUACCAGGACCUGCUGGACUGGGAGACGUUCAAUAUUCGCAUUCCCGAGCACCAGGCUCCUCGAGGAAUCUGCGGUCAAUCCCUGAUGAAGGUGGUGGAGAUGAUGCAGAGACGCGUUGUGUUUGUGUUAGGAGGAGUUCUUCAAGCCCUCUCCACCCAAGUGCACACAGGUGAGGGAGUGAGGAUCAACCUGUUCAGCGGCGACAACGCCUGGCAGGUAGGGUGUGUGUCCAGCAGCUGUCACCCACCUCCCUCCACCAACCACCACUGCUCUGGUGGGAUGAACAGACGGGCGCUGCCAUGUGAUGACCAUCCAGCCACGCCUGUGCGGCUGUGGAAACAGCAGCAGCAACUCACACCACACCACAAGCAAGCCAUGAGCAACGUGACUGCUGCUUAUAUUCCCCUCUCUUUCUCGCCCUCCCUGACGGCUAUCACAACAACAACAGCAGCAGCAGCAGCCAACACACCCUCCACCGCCGAUGCAGCAGCAGCAGAGAAUGCACCACCACCACCAGCAUCACUUGCAGCUGAACACAUUCCCCAACCAACCAACCCAUCGCCCGCUGCUGCUUGCAGAAGCUGGCUGCCUGCUGCUGGGAACAGGUGGCGACAGCACAAGUUGCAUUUUCGGCUCGAAGCAGCAGCAGAGGUGAUACGCACGCACAGACAGCAGGAUGAGGGAAAUGUCGAGGCUACUUGCCACGCGUGCCAGCUGCACCCGCUUCACACAUGGUAUGUGCGGGGGCGAUUGCGUGAGUAUCGUUGGAGGAUGAUGGGCGGGUACACACAUGAUGGAUUGGGAGGAGCAGCUGUGGACACACACGUCCAUGGUCAUGGUGGGCACAUCCAACCACAGCGACGCAGCUAUGUGCAGGGCCACAUCAGAGGAGGGGAAGGAAGCCGCCAUGAACGACCCAUCAUCAUCAUCAACCUUCCCCAUUUCUUUCUCCUUUCUCGCUCUUCCACCUCAGCUCCUCAGUCACCAUCACCAUCGACCGCACAGCCGACAUCACACGCGGGCCGACACCAGCUCCAAUCUGGCGUGAGGCAGACAUUGCACAUGUCAGUCGCUCUGAUGAAGAGCGUUGAGGAGGCGCAUGAAGCGGUGGAACCAACAACGAUGAUGACGAUGACGAGUGAUGAAGGGCCAUGCAUCCCGCUUCCAUCCAACCGACCAACCAAGCAGCCGAGCGAGCGAGCAAAGGACACGGCGUGGCAAGGGGCCGUUUGUUUUCACCUUUUCCACCAGCAGCAACAACAGCAGCAACAGCCGAUGUCUGGCUGCAUUGUGGAUGAACUGGCCCUCUGCCUCUCGUUCAUGUCCACCUCCCCCUCGUCCUCGUCGUCAUUGGUCGCCAACAGCAGCGGCUGCGGCCAUGGAUGUGGAGGGUGUGAUGUGCGUCGAUGUGCCGUCGCCUCGCGCGACGACGCUGCUGCUGCUGGUGGACGGUGGCCGAUCUCUUCCCAAGCCCUCAUGACACGAGCAGGGCGAUACACGCACACACAAUUGUGCGAGAGAAGAAGGCACAAGGCGGACGUUGUGCGGGUUUCCCCAACCGAUUUCCCUUCCGCCUUUCCCAACCAAUCGCCUUUGCUCUGUGUCAUCAUCAUCAUCAGCCUUCCCCAUGUGAUGUGCAGCUGCUGA